AUGGACGGAAUGAUCGCAAUGCUGCCGGCGCCUUUGCAGGCCCUCUCCACCCAUAUCGAUUUCCAGGGACAAAAAGUCGCCGAACGCACCUAUCAGGUAGGGAAAAUGAGUGAAAAUCUGGAAAAAUCAAGGACAAUGUGCCGAAAAUUGAUUUUUGGUGUGAAGAUGCGAAAGAUGCGCUUGUUAGAGCUGAAAUUGCAAGAACAAGAGCAUUUCUAUGAAAAAAAGGCUGGAUUCGUUUCAAAGAGCAAAAAAUUGAAGGGUUCUCAAAGUGUUCAUUGAAUAAUGCCGAUUUUAGGAGAAAAAAUAGAACAUUUCGUGUCGGAAAGAAUUCAUUUACAUCAAUAUUGUGAAUGUGAAACGUUUGCAAGAGUAUUCAAGUUGAAACAGCGAAAUAGUGAAUAUUGCAGGUGAUUCUGACGCUAGCCGGAAUCGUGGGAUUCGUGGUCGGCUGGUGGACGCAGCAGCUCUCCUACGCCAUUUUCACAGUGAUGGGCGCCUCCGCGUUUACCGCACUCAUCAUUCUGCCGCCGUGGCCGUUCCUCUUCAGAAAACACCCCGUCGUGGUACGGCUUUUCGCAUAUUUCAUCAGAAUUUCCCUAUUUUUCAGUGGCAACCGGUGCAAGUGGAGGAAGAGGGAAAGAAGGAGAAGAACAAGAAAAAGGACGAAGCGAAGGAGACGAAAAAGACGAAAUAA